GUGGGGGCGGGCGCUGUUGGGGGGCGGAAGCGGCCGCAGGCAUGGCGGCAGCCGUGCGGCUGGCCGCGCUGGUGCUGCUGCUCCGGGGGCCGGGCGGCUGGGGCCGUGCCGAGCCCCCACGCGACAGCCUGCGGGAGGAGCUCGUCAUCACCCCGCUGCCUUCCGGAGACGUGGCCGCCACGUUCCAGUUCCGCACGCGCUGGGAUUCGGAGCUGCAGCGCGAGGAAGUUUCUCAUUAUAGGCUCUUCCCCAAAGCCCUGGGACAGUUGAUCUCCAAGUAUUCUCUCCGGGAGCUGCACCUGUCCCUCACUCAGGGCUUCUGGAGGACUCGGUACUGGGGGCCACCCUUCCUGCAGGCCCCAUCAGGUGCAGAGCUCUGGGUCUGGUUCCAGGACACCGUCACCGAUGUGGAUACAUCCUGGAAGGAGCUCAGUAAUGUCCUCUCGGGGAUCUUCUGCGCCUCUCUCAACUUCAUCGACUCCACCAACACGGUCACCCCCACUGCCUCCUUCAAACCCCUGGGGCUGGCCAAUGACACGGAUCACCAUUUCCUCCGCUACGCUGUGCUGCCGCGGGAGGUUGUCUGCACCGAGAACCUCACGCCCUGGAAGAAGCUCUUGCCCUGUAGUUCCAAGGCAGGCCUUUCCAUGCUGCUGAAGGCUGAGCGCUUGUUCCACACUAGCUACCACUCCCAGGCAGUGCACAUCCGCCCGAUUUGCAGAAAUGCUCGUUGUACCAGCAUCUCCUGGGAGCUGAGGCAAACUCUUUCCGUUGUGUUUGAUGCCUUCGUCACGGGGCAGGGGAAGAAAGACUGGUCCCUCUUCCGGAUGUUCUCCCGAACUCUCACAGAGCCCUGCCCCCUGGCUUCAGAGAGCCGAGUGUACGUGGACAUCACCAGCUACAGCCAGGACAAUGAGACUCUGGAGAUGAACCCGCCUCCCCUCAGCACAUACCAGGAUGUCAUCCUAGGCACCCAGAGGACCUAUGCUGUCUACGACUUGUUUGACACGGCCGUGAUCAACAGCUCCCGCAACCUCAACCUCCAGCUCAAGUGGAGGAGACCCCCAGAGAAUGAGGCCCCGCCAGUGCCCUUCCUGCACGCCCAGCGGUACGUGAGUGGCUACGGGCUGCAGAGCGGGGAGCUGAGCACGCUGCUGUACAACACCCACCCGUACCGGGCCUUCCCCGUGCUGCUCCUGGACAUCGUGCCCUGGUACCUGCGGCUGUACGUGCACACCCUCACCAUCACCUCCAAGGGCAAGGAGAACAAGCCAAGUUACAUCCACUACCAGCCUGCCCAGGACCGGCUGCAGCCCCACCUCCUGGAGAUGCUCAUUCAGCUGCCGGCCAGCUCGGUCACCAAGGUUUCCAUCCAGUUUGAGCGGGCGCUGCUCAAGUGGACCGAGUACACCCCGGACCCUAACCAUGGCUUCUACGUCAGUCCGUCUGUCCUCAGUGCCCUUGUGCCCAGCAUGGUGGCAGCCAAACCCGUGGACUGGGAAGAGAGUCCCCUCUUCAGCAGCCUGUUCCCAGUCUCCGACAGUUCUAGCUACUUCCUGCGGCUCUACACGGAGCCGCUGCUGGUGAACCUGCCCACGCCAGACUUCAGCAUGCCCUACAACGUCAUCUGCCUCACGUGCACCGUGGUGGCCGUGUGCUACGGCUCCUUCUACAAUCUCCUCACCCGGACCUUCCACAUCGAGGAGCCCAGGACGGGCGGCUUGGCCAAGAGGCUGGCCAACCUUAUCCGGCGGGCCCGCGGCGUCCCCCCCCUCUGAGACUCGGAGACCCUGAGACCCGACCCUUCGUAGCAGGGGCUGCUGUUUCUCUCUGGGGAGGGGCGGUGUGACCCCCACGGACCGUUUCUGGUACUUGCUCUCCCGCACUGCCCCCGGACUAGGCCGGGGUUCACAGCUGCACUGCGUAGUGCAGUAGCAAUGAGCCAACGUGGUGUUUGAAUUUAAAUUAACUUAAAUUAAAGCUUCACUUCCCCCGCUGUGCUAGCCACAUUUCAGGUGCUCAGUAACCAGAAGUGGUUAAGUGGCUGCUGUAUCGGGCAAGCACUUCCCAUCAGCGCAGGAAGUUCUCUCGGGCGGCACUGGCCUACGUCCCGGCCGAGCUGCCAUGGUGGUGUGGUAGAUGGGAUUUACUGGUUGUGGAAUAAAAUUGGCUGCUUCCUUGGUU